UUUCUCUCAUACGAAGGGUGUUCUAGUCUCCGAGUAGAUUUUUCACUUUCAUUACGCAAAGAAGACGGAAGGGGCCCCUUAGGAAAUUUGAAUUUCCGGCGAAGCAACCCUAAUUUUCCUUCAAAGGUAGCGCUUUUAGUCCCCACCUCCUCCAACGGACGACAGGAAUUAGGGUUAGGGCCUUGAUUUUGGAUCGGAGGCACCUCCACUACGCCCUCCCUCUCGUCAUAUUAGAAGCUUCGCCCCGCAACUUUUGCUCAAAGAUUGCAGCGUUUAGUCUUCUUGCCGAUUCCAAGAUUGUCUCAGGUUCUUGGCCUUUGAAAUUUGCAUUUUUGAGUUAGAGCUUGGAGGAAUUUGAGGAAAGAUUUGGUUUCGAUGAUGUUCACUGAGGAAUUUAGGGUUGUCCUAUUAGUGCUGUGAAUUAGGGGUUUUGGUCACGAUGUCAGCUGCCAUGGUGGCUCGGAGCUCGCUGGAGGUAAUGCUCGACAUCCUCCGGCAGAGAGAUGAACAGUCGCAGGAUGCACCACCGCCUUUGCCUGUUCGUCCCACCUCGAGAGGCCGGUUGCCCUCAUCGAGAAGGUCACUGCCCGUCAGUUUUAAGCUGGAAAAUGGUGCACCCAAAAUCUUGUUGAAGGACUCUGUGAAGAAGGAAGAGAGGUUAGAUCACCAGCCUUUGAAGGAAGAUAAGGAGGUUCUGUUGAAAAGUGGGAUUUUUGGAAGCAAGAGGAUAGUGCAGGUGGAACGGCCAGAAGAAUCUCCAUAUGCUAAGAUGCCAGAGUUAGAGAGCUGCGAGGAAAGAACGGAUGAAACUGAUAGUCCGGACUCUCCUGUUGCACCCUUGGCUUCAGCAGCUUCACUGGAAGAUAAGUUAGGGUGGAGUGACACUAUUGAUUAUGUCCUAAAGAAGCAAAUUCAGGUUAGAACACGAUACGAGGACUACUUCUAUAAAAUACAGGUUUGGUGCUGGCUUCCAGAUGCCAAGUGGGAGUUAGGAAAGAUCCAGUCAGUUUAUGGAGAUGAUUCUGAUGUCAUGCUGUCUGAUGGCAAAGUUCUGAGAGUAUCUGUAGAAAAUCUCUUACCGGCAAAUCCAGACAUUCUUGAUGGUGUGGAUGAUCUUAUACAGCUUAGUUACUUAAAUGAGCCCUCAGUUCUUCACAAUCUUCAGUACAGAUAUUCUCGCGAUUUGGUUUAUACCAAAGCUGGGCCUGUUUUGGUUGCAUUCAACCCCUUUAAAAAGGUUUCUCUAUAUGGAAAUGAUUUUGUUGCUGCUUAUAGGCAGAAACUUACGGACAGUCCACAUGUCUAUGCAAUGGCAGACACUGCCUACAAUGAAAUGAUGAGAGAUGGAGUCAAUCAAUCUAUCAUCAUCAGUGGUGAAAGUGGGGCUGGAAAAACUGAAACAGCAAAAAUUGCGAUGCAAUACCUUGCUGCUCUUGGGGGUGGCAGUGGGAUAGAGUAUAAGGUUCUGCAGACUAACACAAUACUGGAAUCAUUUGGAAAUGCAAAAACUUCGAGAAAUGACAAUUCUAGCCGAUUUGGGAAGCUGAUUGAAAUAAAUUUUAGUUCUGCUGGAAAAAUUUACGGUGCCAAGAUCCAAACUUUUCUUCUUGAAAAGUCAAGGGUGGUUCAGAGAGCAACAGGCGAAAGAUCAUACCAUGUUUUCUAUCAACUUUGUGCAGGAGCUCCUCCCCAUCUUCAAGAGCACUUGAAGCUAAAAGCAGCCAGUGAAUACGAAUAUUUAAAGCAUAGUGAUUGCUUGAGAAUUGAUGAUGUUGAUGAUGCUCAAAGAUUUCAAAUAUUGAUGCAAGCCUUGGAUACUGUUCAAAUCCCCAAAGAAGAUCAAGAGAAUGCAUUUGCUAUGCUUGCAGCCAUAUUAUGGCUGGGUAACAUUGACUUCUCAGUAAUUGAUAAUGAAAACCACGUGGAAGUUGUUUUGAGUGAAGGUGUGAUCAAUGCAGCAAAUUUGUUGGGCUGCAAAGUUCCUGAUUUGAUGCUAGCUUUAUCAACUCAUAAAAUUCGAGCCGGGAAUGAUGAUAUUGUUCAAAAGCUUACAUUACCACAGGCCAUUGACACCAGGGAUGCAUUGGCAAAAUCAAUAUACGUGGGCUUGUUCGACUGGCUGGUAGAACAAAUUAACAACUCAUUCCAAAUGGAAAAAUGCCGUACUGGGAGAUCCAUAAAUAUUUUAGAUAUUUAUGGGUUUGAAUCCUUUCAUAAGAACAGUUUCGAACAAUUUUGCAUUAACUAUGCUAAUGAGAGACUACAGCAGCACUUCAAUCGACAUUUGUUCAAACUUGAACAGGAGGAGUAUAUAGCAGAUGGAAUUGACUGGACCAAUGUUGAGUUUGUUGAUAACACCAACUGUCUAAAUCUAUUUGAGAAGAAGCCCCUUGGUCUAUUGUCUUUGUUGGAUGAAGAGUCAACUUUCCCUAAAGCAACUGAUCUGACCUUUGCUAACAAGCUCAAGCAGCACUUGACUGGUAGCACCUGCUUUAAGGGGGAAAGGGGUGGUGCUUUCAAAAUUUGUCAUUAUGCUGGAGAGGUUAUGUAUGACACAAGUGGCUUCCUGGAGAAAAAUAGAGAUCCAUUACAUUCGGAUAUUAUCCAGCUGCUUUUAUCAUGCUCCUGUCAACUUUCUCAGCUAUUUGCAUCCAAUGUACUUAGUCAGUCUCAGAAGGAAUCAAAUCUUUUGAGACAACCAUGUAAGGUUGAUUCACAAAAGCAAAAUGUUGGGACAAAAUUUAAGGGUCAAUUAUUCAAGCUGAUGCAGCGGUUAGAGAAUACUACACCUCACUUUAUUCGAUGCAUUACGCCAAACAGUAAACAGCUUCCUGGCAUGUAUCAACAUGAUCUUGUCUUAGAACAGCUUAGAUGCUGUGGAGUACUGGAAGCUGUCCGGAUAUCAAGGUCAGGCUAUCCAACUAGAAUGAGACACCAGCAAUUUGCUGAAAGGUACGGCUUUCUUCUCUUAAAGAAUCUAGCAUCCCAAGAUCCACUCAGUGUUUCAGUCCAUGUUCUACGACAGUUCAAUGUCCCACCUGAGAUGUAUCAAGUUGGUUACACGAAGUUAUUUUUCCGCACAGGGCAGGUUGCUGCAUUGGAAGAUGCUAGAAACCGCACUCUGCAAGGGAUUCUUUGGGUUCAGAAAAACUUCCGUGGUCAUCAAGCCCGUUGUUAUUACCAGGCACUCAAGAAAGGAGUAACUACACUACAAUCAUUUGUCCGAGGUGAAAAGUCAAGGUGUGAAUUCAAAGUUUUAGUAAAGAGAUGGAGGGCAGCUGUUCUCAUACAAAAGCACGUGAAGCAUCAGAUUGCAAGGACAAUGUUUGAUGACCCGCUGAAGGAUAUCAUACUUCUGCAGUCUGGUAGCGUAGUUGCAGCUUGUAAGGAGAUAUUAUGGGUUCUUAUGAUUGCAACGAAUGAUCCUCAUUCUCAUUUGCUUUCUUCUGCAGUUAUUCGUGGGUUGUUGGCAAGGAAUAAUUUUGUCGUUAUGAAAACUAGGGAGAUGUCAAAACUCGAUCAUGUGAAAGAUAACAGUGAUCCAGACAAGGAUCUUCCAGAAAUGAAGGCUACCAACAAGGACUCUCAGGUGCACCCUUCAGCUUUGGCUGAAUUACAGAGGCGGGUGCUGAAGGCGGAGGCAGCUUGGAGAGAGAAGGAAGAAGAAAAUGCCAUCCUAAAACAGCAAGUUCAACAUUAUGAGAUGAGAUGGUCAGAAUAUGAUGCAAAAAUGAAGUCUAUGGAAGAGAAAUGGCAGAAACAGCUGACUUCUUUGCAGGUGAGUCUAGCUGCGGCCAAGAAGAGCCUCGCUGCAGAUGAUUUGGCAAGCCAACAGGGAAGGCUUGACAUAUCCCCACUCCAAUACUCCUAUGACUCUGAAGAUACCAUGUCUGCUGGGACUCACACGCCUGAAGGCACUCCAGCUAAACCUUCCCAUGCUUCUGAUGCUGGACUUGUAAGAAAUUCUAAUGGCACCCAGAGUGCAGUUAGCCACCUUGUAGCUUCUGACGCUGGAUUUGUAAGAAAUUCCGAUGGCACUCAUGGUGCGGUUAGCCACCUUGUAAAGGAGUUUGAGCAGCAGAGACAGGUCUUUGAGGAUGAUGCAAGGUUCCUUCUUAAGGUGAAGUCGGGGCAUUCAGGUUCCAGCAUAAACCCGGCUGAAGAGCUUCACAAAUUGAAAGCCCGGUUUGUGACUUGGAAGAAGGAUUAUAAGGUUCGGUUAAGAGAGACAAAAAUUGUACUUCAUAAGCUUGGUAGUCCUGAAGAGAGGACACGCAAGAGAUGGUGGGGCAAUUGGAGCACAAAAUGAUGAUGAAAAUUCUUCGUUAACAUAUGGCUUUUUCAAGCAUGGCGGGCAUUUCUUCAAUGCUGAGGCAUGAAAACAGGGAAGAUGUUUUGUGCAAAAAGCUGAAGAGAUGUAUGUUCUAUCCUAUCUCUGGAUGAAGUGGAUUUCAUGCCUCUUCCCAGUAAUUCUGUUUCCGUGCUUUGUUGCAUUACUCUACGUGCCUCUGGUGCAUAAGAGGCUUGUAUAUCUUCCAUUUUUUUGUUGUUAUUAGGGGAGUAGUUAAGAACCUGUAGCUUAAGAGAGAGAUGAGGAUGUGAGAGGGGAGAAGUUAUAAUGUAUAUAGUUUGUUGUAUGUAAUUUAAUCCCAAAAUGUAGAAUUUAGAUGUUUGUGCACUGAAAAAAUCUGAUGUUACAUUGUCAUUCUGAGAAAUAACAAUGUAAGCAUAAAAUGACAAUUUUGAAAGCCAAGAAAUUUGAAUGAUAUACUUGACAUAUAAUUUCCC